GCUUUUCAGAUUGCAAUGGACAAAGUCAAUGCAGACCCAUCAUACCUACAGAACUAUAGCCUGGAGUUUGUAUAUGCUGACUGUGGCUGUGAAGCUAAGACGUCCCUUGAUGCUUUCAUCACACAGUUUCAAAAGAAACACAUUUCUGCCUUGUUUGGACCUGUUUGCUCAGAGGCCACAGAGGUUACUGGUUUGCUAGCUUCUCAGUGGAAUAUUCCCAUUUUGGGUUUUGUUGGCCAUACUGCCAAACUGGAUGAUUCAGUGCUGUAUGACACUUACAUCAAUCUUGUCUCCCCCUUGCAAAUGAUAGGGAAAGUACUGCAGAAAACUCUUCAGUUUUUUGGAUGGAAGUAUGUGGGUCUUAUGGGAAGCUCAAGUGAUGUUUUCACUUGGGCUGAAAUGGAUGAAUUGUGGACAUCUGUUGAAAACCAACUCAAAACCAAUAUCACAGUCACUGCUAAGGUGAGAUACAAUACAAAAAAUCAGGGUCUCCACCAAGAGAAGCUCAGCUACAUAUCAUCUGUUGCAAGAAUUAUUGUUUUAAUCUGCAGUUCUUUGGAUGCAAGAUCCAUUUUGUUAGAAGCCAAAGAACUAGGUAUGACAAAUGGGGCAUAUGUGUUUUUUGUCCUGCAGCAAUUUGAGGACAAUUUCUUGAAAGAGACUUGGACAAAUGAGAACAGCUACAGCCUUGAUGCCUAUCAUUCUGUAUUUUUGAUAGCUCUCCAGUCUUACAGGCAAUAUAAGACCUAUUCUGAUUUUGUGAAGGAGGUCUAUGACAAACUGAAGGAGAAGCAGCCUUCUUAUAGUUUUAUUUCUUCACAAGAAGAGGUAAGUUCUUAUGCUGCCUACCUGCAUGAUGCAGUUUUGCUGUAUGCAUUAGCCAUAAAAGAAAUGUCAGAACAGAAUAAGGAUUUCAAUGAUGGAAGAGCACUUGUCAACACUUUGAAAGGCUACAAUAAAACUCCUGUGUAUGGCAUUACUGGUCCAGUGCACAUUGAUGAAUCAGGAGAGAGAAACAUGGAUUACUCUGUGUAUGAUCUCCAGGAAUCUGGCAAUUCAACCCGGUUCCUUCCUGUUCUUAACUUUGAUAGUUAUACAAAAACAAUCAGCCCAACCACAGAAAUUGACUACAUUAGUUGGUCAGAUGGAGAAAUACCUGAAGACAAACCACCAUGUGGGUUCCACAACGAACACUGCAAAAAUCCAGUUACCAAGGGCACAGCCCUUAUUGUUGUGAUAAUUCUCCUGAUAAUGACAGCAUCAGGAGCCAUUGGUAUCACAACAUUUAUGAAGAUCCACAAAGGCAGCCUUCAGAAGCAAAUCAAUGAUUUCUGGUGGAGAAUUAAUUAUGAAGAUAUCAUCAUUUUUAAUGACAAUAAGGAAAACUUUGAUUUAUCUCAGACAAGCACACCGGUGCCAAAAGAGACAGAAGACACUGGUUCCCAUUUCUUUCUUUCUAGCAAUAACUAUCCAGCAAUGAAGGCCAAACGAGUUAGAGAAGUAUUUUACACCACAGUAGGACUAUAUCAGGGAAUUCUUGUUGCUCUCAAAUUCACUGAUAAUCAGACAGAUAUCUGGAAGCUAUCAAUUCUUCAGGAGGUUCAGAUGAUGAGAGAACUGAGACACGAGAAUCUAGUAAUCUUCUAUGGGAUAUGUCCUGAAGCUCCAAAUAUCUGCAUUGUGAUGCAUUAUUACAAGAAAGGAAGCCUAAAGGAUGUUUUGAUGCAUUCUGAUAUUGAACUGGACUGGAUAUUCAAAAUCUCUUUUGCCUAUGAUAUUGUCAAUGGUAUGCUCUUCAUCCACAACAGCCCCCUAAAAUCUCAUGGAAACUUAAAGCCUACGAACUGCCUGGUAGACAGUCGCAUGCAGGUGAAACUGUGUGGAUUUGGGUUGUGGGAACUGAAAUAUGGCACAAAAUUCAGGAUAAUAACAGAGGAGGAGACCACAUAUGCUGAUCUCUUCUGGACAGCCCCUGAAUUGUUACGGAUGGGGGAGUAUCCAUUCCAUGGCACCCAGAAGGGUGAUGUAUACAGUUUUGCUAUUAUCAUGAGGGAACUGAUAUACAAUAAUGAAGAUGGUCCAUACCAAGACCUAAGCAAGAAUGCAGAAGAGAUAAUAAGAAGAAUCAAGGAAGUGGACUCUCCUGUUCCAUUUCGCCCCUCUAUUGUGGCAGAGAAAUGUAAUGAAAGCAUCAUUGCAAUUAUAGAGGCAUGUUGGGACGAACGUCCAGAGAGGAGGCCAACCUUUUCUGAUGUGAAGAGGACAUUGAGAGAAGCUAGUCCUGAAAGCCAUUUCAGUAUCUUGGACAACAUGGUGAAUAAACUUGAAAAAUAUGCAAAUCAUCUGGAGGAAGUGGUGGAAGCAAGAACAACUCAGUUAUUGGCAGAAAAGAAGAAGACUGAAACGCUUUUAUCAGCCAUGCUACCAGGCUUCAUAGGAGAACAACUUGUUGCUGGGAGAUCAGUAGAACCUGAAAGUUUUGACUCAGUCUCCAUUUUCUUCUCGGACAUUGUGGACUUCACUAGGCUGUGCUCACUCAGCUCUCCGCUGCAAGUUGUCAAUCUCCUCAAUGACCUAUAUAGCCUGUUUGAUAAUAUCAUUAAAAUAUAUGAUGUCUACAAGGUUGAAACUAUUGGCGAUGCUUAUAUGGUUGGUAGUGGCCUCCCCAUUCGCAAUGGAAUGAAGCAUGUUGAGGAAAUUGCUACUAUGUCUUUGCACUUUCUCAGUGCAAUUAUUUCCUUCAAGAUUAGGCACAUGCCAAAUGAGAAACUGAGGUUGCGCAUUGGUAUCCAUACAGGACCUGUUGUUGCAGGGGUGGUUGGGAUCACAAGACCACGCUAUUGUCUGUUUGGAGACACGGUGAAUACAGCUUCAAGGAUGGAAAGUACCAGUUUACCUCUCCAAAUCCAUGUCUCUAUGAUCACAGCAAGUGCUCUCCAGUCAAUUGGAGGUUAUGAUUUGCAAGAGAGAGGGACCAUAAAAAUUAAGGGGAAAGGACAGCAAAUAACAUUUUGGCUCAGAGGAAAAACUGGCUUUAACAUGCCUUUGCCAGAGUUCAGUGAUGAUGUGGAAACUCACCCGAAGAGAUAUGUGGAAGUAGGACAAAAGUCACAGCUUUAA